GGUCCGGAAAUUCGUACAAUUGUGAUCGGGGAACAGCAAAAAAUUUUCUUAUCGCCACGCGUCGAGGUUCGACGAGUAGUUAAACAAGUUCCCUCAGCAACGUUGCUCGAACGACAUCACCCAAUGGAAGUUGAUAUGGAGCCAAGGAUCCAAAUUAUCUCGAAACCGAUGCAACAAAGAGCUCUUAACUCACCGCCCGGCUUGCAUCACGUUCGUGUCAUCAAAGAUGGGAGAUUUUACGAUGAUCAUCGACAAGCCCCGGGGUCGCCGCAUAUCACGACGGAGCAUUAUGGCACCCAAAAUGGGUAUCAUGUGCGCGAAAGUUCGCCUGAAAUGCAUCAUCAUCAGCAAUCGCCGCGGAAAUACAUCGCCGUUGGACGACAAGUGAAUGUAAUUUCGACAUCGGAGCCAAAUGUGUUCCGUUCGCCGCCAAUUGUGUCAAGUACGACGCAACAACAAUCGAAUUUGGUGCAAAAGCAGCAGCAGCAGAAGCAAGAAGUCGUUGCGGCGCAACAACAAAUGACUUCGAUGAGACCGCCGCCGCCCCCGCCCCCCAUUAUGCAUCGUGUCAAAACGACAAACAGCAUGUCGGAGGAGCCCUCGAGCUCGAUACCCGACUUAGAAUUCGAUGGAACGACAGUGCUGUGUCGCGUAUGUGGAGAUAAGGCAUCGGGAUUCCAUUAUGGCGUACACUCUUGCGAGGGUUGUAAGGGUUUCUUCCGACGAUCAAUCCAACAAAAAAUUCAAUAUCGUCCAUGUACAAAAAAUCAACAAUGCAGCAUUUUAAGAAUUAAUCGUAACCGAUGUCAGUAUUGUCGUUUGAAGAAGUGCAUCGCUGUCGGCAUGAGUCGUGACGCUGUCAGAUUUGGUCGGGUACCAAAACGGGAGAAGGCUCGCAUCUUGGCAGCCAUGCAACAAAGCACACAAAAUCGCGGGCACCAACGAGCCCUUACCACCGAACUGGAUGAUCUGCCGCGUCUUACCCAAGCCGUGCUGCAGGCACACAUGGAAACGUGCGAAUUUACGAAAGAAAAAGUCGCCAACAUGAGACAAAGAGCACGAGAUUGUCCUUCGUAUUCAUUGCCAACCAUGGCAUGCCCGCUAAAUCCCGCACCUGAAUUGCAAUCAGAACAAGAGUUUUCACAACGAUUUGCGCACGUGAUUCGCGGCGUGAUCGAUUUCGCUGGCUUGAUUCCCGGCUUCCAGUUGCUCACGCAAGACGACAAAUUCACGUUGCUCAAAGCUGGUCUCUUUGAUGCGCUCUUUGUGCGUCUCAUUUGCAUGUUUGACACGGGAAUCAACAGCAUAAUUUGCCUAAAUGGGCAGGUGAUGCGACGUGAUACCAUUCAGAAUGGCGCUAAUGCUCGUUUCCUCGUCGAUUCGACCUUCAAUUUUGCCGAACGCAUGAACUCGAUGAACUUGACGGAUGCCGAAAUCGGUCUAUUUUGUGCAAUAGUCCUCAUAACGCCCGAUCGCCCCGGGCUACGGGACAUCGACUUGAUCGAACGGAUGUACAGCAAAUUGAAGCAAUGUCUGCAAACGGUAAUCUCGCAAAAUCGUCCCGAUAAGCCGGAUUUCAUGCAAGAGCUGUUGAAGCUGAUGCCCGAUUUGAGGACUCUCAGCACGUUGCACACGGAGAAACUUGUCGUUUUCCGAACAGAACGUCAGCAAAUGUGGAAUAAUGAGGAAGAGGCAAACAAGAGUCCCGGUUCAAGUAGUUGGGGAUGCGACAUUGAGGUUGGCAGUGUAGAAGAUAUCGCGAAAAGUCCUUUGGGAUCAGUUUCGAGCACGGAAUCGGAUCGGGAGCAUAUCGACAGUUACAGUACUCAAUCGUCGUCGUUGUCGGUGUCGGCUCCCUUGUUGGCAGCAACUCUAUCCGGAGGAUGCCCCGUGAGAAAUCGCGCAAGUUCAGGUUCGUCGGCGGAAGAUGAUAUCGUUGGAGCCGCACAUUUGGCGCAAAAUGGACUUACAAUAACGCCCGUUGUGCGAUCCGUACCUUCGAUGUCGAGCCAUUUGCGAUACCGCAAACUUGACUCACCCACCGACUCGGGCAUCGAAUCUGGCAACGAGAAGCACGAACAGAAACCCCUGAGCAGCGGAUCGUCGUCAUGUUCGUCGCCGCGUUCAUCGCUAGAAGACCAAAACGAUGACAAGCGACAAAUUGGCUUGGAUAUGCCCGUGUUGAAACGCGUUUUGCAAGCGCCGCCCCUUUACGACACAAAUUCACUGAUGGACGAGGCCUACAAACCUCACAAGAAAUUCCGUGCAAUGCGUCAACGUGGAAGCGAAGCUGAAGCUGUCGAAGUUCGCCCCUCGACACAACAUUCGCCCGCGCCAAAUUCUCACACUCCAGUUCAAGCCACGCCUACUCCGCCGCAGCACCAAUCGCAAUUGCAUAUGCAUUUGACACGCCCCCAAACGACGUCGCAGCAACAACAGUCGUCUUCUCUGUCAAGUACGCACUCCAUUUUGGCCAAAUCACUGAUGGAAGAACCCCGCAUGACGCCCGAACAGAUGAAACGUUCCGAAUUGCUGCACAACUACAUAAUGCGCGAAAGUCAAUCAUCGACGGAGUCCGCGGGCUACAAAAGUCCCCGCCUGUCGGAACGGCCCCAAAGCAACGGCAACGGAAAUCUCAUUGUGACACUUACAAAUUCGCCGAGCCAAUGUCCCUUCUCCAACGGAGCGGCAAGUCGAUGGCCCACGCAGAGCGUUAUCACAUCAGUUCCGCGACAUCAGCAAACGCCGUCGCCCAAUGGCAGUGAACACCGUUAUUUCCAAUCGCCACAUUCGACAUCGACGUCGCCCCCCGUUGUCGCUGCUGCGACGACAAAUGCUCCCGCGCAGAGUCCUCGUCUCAUUGAAUUACAAGUUGACAUUGCUGAUCCGCAGCAACCGCUUAAUUUAUCCAAAAAGUCACCGAGCCCACCCCCACAAACGACACAAAGGUCCUCUGCGACACCGCAGCAAGUACACAAAGUACUCCUAGAGGCGUAAACAUCAUCAUCUGAGUUAAAAUUAGGCAUAAGUCUCUCCCCCCUGAACCCCCUUUGUAAGUAAAAACAUCUCUCAAUCACAAAAAAUACAACAUACAUAUUCAUAUAUCAGAGAAAAAACCACAAAACCCCCAAUAAUUGUCAUAAAUUUACAAUAGGUGCCCUUUCACGAGCUCAUUUGAACGUGAAACGACACACACUGAUGAGUAAAGUUCUAAGCUUUUUUAAUAACAUAACUGUAGAGUGUACCCCAUAAGUUUUUAUUACAAUUAUCUAUCAUUAUAUCAUUAAUACAUACAUAAAAUAACUAAAUUAUACAUAAAAUAUAAAUAAUUGAAAAGAGAAGAUCUCUGCCUCCGAUUGUUUUAUAAUUAUACUAAUGAUCAACAUAAAUGUAAUUUUUAUUAUUAAACAAAAAAUAUGAAAAACAAAAAAAUUCAAAUACUUGAAAAAAUGAAAUUUUAUUUUAACCUUAGAAAUAUUUUGUAAAAAAUGUGUUAAUGAUACAGCAAAAACAAAAUCGAAAGACUUUGAGUAAGAAUAUGCAGAAAAAAUGUAUAUUUUACUUCAUGUAAUAAUAUUUCUUAUUUUAUCGCUAGUUUGAUAAUAAUUUAAACAAAAAAAAAAUCAUUUUAUAAGUGAUUUAAGUUUUAUCCAGUAGUAGAUCAUGUUUAGCUAGUACACACCAUUUACAAGAGAAAACGGAGAAAACAUUGCUUGAUUGAUAGUUUUAUUUUUAAAACAAACAAAAAAAAAACAUAAUAUGACAUACAUUUUAUUACCUAAGUAAACAUAUUAUAGUUAAAUAAAUGUUUAAAAAAUGUACCAAUUAAAUGAAUCACCGAAACGGAGGAAUAAUGUUAAAAAUGAAAGUAAUUGACUAUAAGUUUUAAUUUAAAUUAAAAGAAAAAAAAACAAAAAUUGUAAUUAGAAUUUUCACAAGAUGAAAAUAUUCACACACGUAUUUUACAUUAAUAUUAUUUUAACUAUAAAAGAUAAAAAAAAAUUAAUUUAUGAAUGUCGUCAUAUUAAACUAUAUGAUUGGAAAUCCUUAAAAACACUACUGAUUAUUAUUACA